AUGAAUGAGGUUUUUAGGGACUUGAUCGGCAAUUGUAUAGAAGUUUACAUUGAUGACAUGAUAGCCAAAUCAAAAAUGGCAGACCAACAUUUAGCUGAUCUCCAAGGCAUUUUCCAAAGACUGCGAAAAUUUAACAUGCGCCUCAACCCCAGCAAGUGCGCUUUUGGUGUUCCCGCGGGAAAUUUCCUUGGCUUCAUGCUCACGGAGCGAGGCAUAGAGGUCAACCCAGACAAGUGCAAGGCAGUCAUUGAAAUGCGAAGCCCGCAGACAAUCAAGGAAGUUCAGCAGCUAACUGGAAGGCUGGUGGCCCUCGCCCGUUUUUUGGCAAACUCAGCACAUAAGUCCCUCCCCCUAUUCGGGUUGUUAAAAAAGGGGACCGCCUUUCGGUGGUCAGAAGAAUGCGAGAGCGCCUUUCAGGAGUUCAAAAGGGCUCUCUCAUGCCCACCAGUACUUUCUAAACCCGAGCACGGAGAAAUGUUAUACUUAUACCUCGCCGUCGAAUCAGAGGCAAUCAGCGCGACCCUAGUCAAGGAGUCAAUAGAAGGACAAAAACAUGUCUAUUUUAUCAGCAAAGUCUUACAAGGAGCGGAGCUCCGGUACCAGCAAGUCGAGAAGGUAGCAUUAACACUCAUUUUUGCUGCAAGGCGUUUAAGGCCGUACUUCCAGUGCCAUCCAAUCACUGUUAGAACAAACGAGCCAAUUCGACAAGUGUUGCAUAAGCCAGACCUGGCUGGAAGAAUGAUGUCGUGGGCGAUAGAACUAUCAGAAUACCAGAUCGCCUACGAACCAAGAACGGCUAUUAAGGCCCAAGCCUUGACAUAUUUCAUCGCUGAAAUGACUCCAAACCCCCAUCCGGAGAAGCAUGCAACUGAAAUGCCUACAGCUGGUAACUGGAAGUUGUACGUUGAUGGCUCUUCGAACGCCAAAGGAUCGGGCGCUGGGAUGAUAGUCGAGAACCCAGAUGGCGUAGCACUCGAACAUUCUCUGACCUUUGACUUCAACGCUACGAACAAUCAGGUAGAAUAUGAGGCCAUGAUAGCAGGACUGCUCCAAGCAAAAGAAAUGGGCGCCAGACGCCUUAAAGUCUUCACAGAUUCCCAACUGUUAGCUUUCCAGAUCUCAGGCGAAUACCAAACCAAGGGACCAUUAAUGUGCAGGUACUUGGAGGAGGUAAAGGAGUUGAUUGAAAGUUUUGAAGCUGUUGAAAUAGAGCAUAUAAGGCGAUCUGAAAAUACACGGGCAGAUAUCCUCGCCAAGUUGGCAAGCACCCAAAGCCCAGGGAACAACAGAUCGGUAAUCCAGCACAACAUGCCAAGCCCGUGCAUCGUAAUGAGCAUUUCUAACCCCCCAGAGGACGCCACUGAGGAAACCUGGGCAACGCCUAUCAUCAACUACUUAGCCGAAGGGGUGUUACCCUCAGAUAGGAGUGAAGGUCAAAAGCUAAUACGGCGGUGCGCACAUUUCUGCCUAGUCAAGGGAUGUUUAUACAAGCGAGGGACCUCGACCCCACUCCUGAAGUGUUUGAACCCUAAUGACGUCCAGUACGUAAUUGAAGAAAUUCAUGAAGGUAUCAACGGCCAUCACAUAGGCGGUCACUCACUGGUAAAGAAGGCAUUGAGAGCAGGGUUUUACUGGCCAACCAUGGAGCGUGAUGCUCAUGAGCAUGUAAAGAAAUGCGAAAACUGCCAAAGAUUCGCUGACAUACACAGAGCACCACCCGAAGAAUUGGCAUCGAUCACAUCUCCAUGGUCGUUCUACAAGUGGGGAAUUGACAUCCUCGGGCCUUUCUCCAAGGCGGCUGGGCAAAUCCAGUGGUUAAUCGUCGACAUUGACUACUUCACCAAAUGGGUAGAAGCAGAACCCUUAGCUACUAUCACGUCCCAAAAAGCAAGAAGGUUCUUCUGGAGAAGCAUUGUCUACCGAUUUGGUAUCCCUGGGGAGGUCAUUACUAAUAACGACACUUAA